AUGCAUGAUAGGUAAGGUAUUAGUGUUGCUAGUAACUGCAUUUUUGUACAUUUUGUAUUUACAUUUUAAAGAAUUGUUUUGAUUAAACGUAGAUAUUACAGUAGGCUUGAUAAGGCACGAUUCUUUAUGCCUAAAUAAAUAUAUUGUUUAAUAUUUCAGAUUUGGACGCCGUGGACCUCCAAGAAGGGAUGAUGAACCUAACAUGAAGCGAGGAAGGUUCGAAACCGCCAGCGAUACAUAUGAACCUCAAUUUAAUAGAAAAACCGAGAAUCAAGGCCGUGUCAUGUUAACAUUCAGAAAGUUCUUAGAAACUCAAGAUGAGGGCAUUUCUGAUGAUGAGGCUAUCUUGAAAUACAAUGAAUACAAGUUUGAAUACAGGAAGCAAGAGUACGAAAAGUUUUUCCAAGCUCACAAAGACGAGGAAUGGUACGUUUUGGUAACAAUGUUUCGAGGAUUUUAUCUGUUAUUACAUGUUGGACUUAUAAAAAUGAUGAAGUGGUUUUUUUCAAAAAUUUUACUGUAUUGUUUCAGGUUCCAACACAAGUAUCAUCCCGAGCUGUCGAGUGAAAUCAACAAGAAAGCUUCGGAAUUUGUAAAUAAGAGAUUGGAGGUUUACAAUGAAGUCAUUACCAAAGAUUACGGAAAAGACCUAGAGUUCAGUUUCGAAAACACCGAACGUCUGGUAAAGUUCAUGGAUGCUGUUGUUAUAAAACUUGAAGAUGGAGAUGAUGUUGAUGUUGAGACGCUUCUGAAAGAGCCAGUUUACGAUGAAUCUUUGGACGAUUUAAAGAAGAAACAGAGCAAAACGUAAGUUACAGUUAUAUUUUGUUGUUUUUGGUUUAGGCAUGCAUUAAGCUAUGAAAUUUUUAAUAGAAUUUAGGUAAUAAGUUUAGCAUUGCAAUAAAUUUUUAUUUUAGAAAUGGAAAUGGUGAAGCUGCUUCCAACGGAGUGACAGCUGCAGAGCAAGAAGAAAGUGAAGACAUGCAGAAUUUGAUGAAGAAGUUGCCAUUUAGAACUCACAGUAUUUUUUUGAAAGGAAUUCCGGCCAACGCCAAAUUCGAGGAAAUCGAAAAUGUACGUAUACGUUUAAAGUGUUUUUGUAAAUAACAUUUAUAUAGGUAACAGAAUAUUGUACUUGUCUAUAUUAUGAUUUUAUAUUUGAAUGAUUUCAGGAAUGCAAAAACUACCCAGGCUUUUUGAGACUCGGUCUGUCAGAACCACUGGCUGAUCAAAAGUUCCAACGCAGGGCUUGGGUCUCCUUCAAAAGGGACGUCAACAUUAAAAGUAUCUUCUGGAACAUGAAGAACGCCAAGUUCUCGGACACUGAAGUCAGUGCCUCGGUGAACAGAGAUCUGAAGCGCAGAGUCAGAGUUGUCAGUGGACUUACCAAUCACCGCCCAAUCGUUCAAAACGAUAUUAGACAAGCUGCGAGACUGAUUGCUUUGUUCGACUACAAACGAAGUCUUUAUGUUGAUGAAGGUGACGAAGGAAAGGCUCCUCCAAAGGACCUUGAUGCUCUGGUCAGUCGCAGCAAGAACCCUGUGUUAGAUGGAGUAGUGGAAUACUUUGUAGAAGAGUGCAACGCCGAGGAAGAAGAGCUUCUUGGGGUUAACAAGGAGACUUCUGAUGAUCUUAAGUUGUCUUUGGAAGUUGAUAAGGAUCUCUUCAAGUACUUGGACAGACUGUUGGUCUACCUCAGAGUUGUACAUUCCGUAGACUUUUACAAUCAGUGUGAGUACUCCAAUGAAGAUACGAUGCCCAAUAGGUAAGGUUUGGCUUUUAUUAUUUAAAAAAAGUUUCAAAACGUGUUGACUUUUCUAAGGUUUUCGUUUGUACUAAUCAAUUUUUUAAGGAUGGGCAUCGUGCACGUCCGAGAUCUUCCUCCAGACGGAGAACAGUUUGGAAAGUCAGAAACCGGUGUACCAUUGGUGCCAAAGAAGAACUGCGACCAAUAUAUUUCGACCACAGACGAGAAACUGAAGUCUACAAUUCUGAAAUACGAAGUUAUUUCAGAAGAAGAUCUCCUGAAGCUGGGGAAGAAGGAUCCAGAACAAGCGGUAGAAGACUUUAUUAAAGAGAACAGUCAAGAGCUCAGCAAAGACAAGUGGUUGUGUCCUUUAUCUGGAAAGAAGUUCAAAGGGCCAGAAUUUAUCAGAAAACAUUUAUUCUCCAAACAUGAACACAAGAUUGACGAGACCAGAUCUAAUGUAGGUUUGCCUUCAUACCUAUGAUACUUUCUCGGUUUUGAUAAUUUUCGAGAUUAAUUGACUUUGUCAAAUAUGUUUCUUUUUAAUAAUUUGCCCUGUAUUUUAGGCAAUUUAUUACAACAAUUACAUUGCUGACUUCGAUCGACCUCAUAACAUGGAGUUGAAGGUUCCAGCCACUCCAGCUGUCGAAGAAGUAAAGCGAACUCAAGAAGAUCGCUUCAUUAGUGGCCACAGAAACAGCUGGGGACCAGAUCGACGAUACAACAACGGCCCCAGGUUCGGCCGCGGUGAUUUCGGUAAUAGAGGUCGAUUUGUGGACGAUUUCGGCACCGGUCGACGAGACCCUAGACAACCUCCCAACUACAGAGAUCUGGACGCCCCAGACGAUAUUAUCUGA